UAUUCCACAGUUAACUGGGAGCACCGUUCAGUCCCAAAAGCACGCCGUGAAAAAAGCGUAAGGAUGGUGAUUUGAGCUUCACAAACUUCAAAUUCUGGAGCAGAAACAAAAUGUUUGUACUUUGACCCAUGGAAAGUUAAUGUUUGAAUGCGGGGAUUGUAAAACGGCUCCAAGGUGGCGACAGAAAAGGUUGCAGGCAAGCUGAGUUCUACUCUCUCAUGGGUGAAGAACUCAGUAUCCCACACCGUCAGUCAGAUGGCUAGCCAGGUGGCCACGCCCUCCUCCCUGCACACCACUGACGACGACUCCACCACCCUGACCUUGCCUGCCCUGUCGCCUUCCUCGCCCUCCGAGCUCAGCCCCGAUGAUGUGGAGCUGCUGGCCAAGCUGGAGGAGCAGAAUCGGCUGCUGGAGACUGACAGUAAGUCCCUGCGCUCGGUGAAUGGCUCGCGGCGCAACAGUGGCUCCUCCCUGGUGUCCAGCUCCUCAGCUUCCUCCAACCUGUCCCACCUGGAGGAGGACUCCUGGAUCCUGUGGGGCCGCAUCGUCAAUGAGUGGGAGGAUGUGCGCAAGAAGAAGGAGAAGCAGCUCAAGGAGCUUGUGAGGAAAGGAAUUCCACACCACUUCCGGGCGAUAGUAUGGCAGUUGCUGUGCAAUGCCCAGAACAUGCCCAUCAAGGACCAGUACUCGGACCUGCUGAAAAUGACGUCACCCUGUGAGAAGCUCAUACGCAGGGACAUUGCCCGCACCUACCCCGAGCACGAGUUCUUCAAAGAGAAGGAUAGCUUGGGCCAGGAGGUGCUCUUCAACGUCAUGAAGGCUUACUCUCUCGUGGACCGGGAGGUUGGUUACUGUCAAGGAAGUGCAUUCAUUGUUGGACUGCUGCUCAUGCAGAUGCCAGAGGAGGAGGCGUUCUGCGUGUUCGUGAAGCUAAUGCAGGACUAUAGGCUAAGGGAGCUCUUCAAGCCCAGCAUGGCCGAGCUGGGGCUCUGCAUGUACCAGUUUGAGUACCUGAUCCAGGAGCAGCUGCCUGAGCUCCACCUACACUUCCAGGCCCAGAGUUUCCACACCUCCAUGUACGCCUCUUCCUGGUUCCUCACCAUCUUCCUCACCACCUUCCAUUUACCCGUUGCUACGAGGAUCUUUGACGUAUUCAUGUGUGAAGGUUUGGAGAUAGUGUUCCGUGUAGGACUGGCCAUCCUCCAGAUGAACCAGGCAGAACUCAUGCAGCUUGACAUGGAGGGAAUGUUACAGCACUUUCAGAAGGUCAUUCCACACCAACUAGACAGCAGUCCAGACAGGGUGAUCCAGACUGCAUAUCAAGUCAAAUACAACGCAAAGAAGAUGAAGAAGUUAGAAAAGGACUACACUACAGUCAAGAUGAAGGAGAUGGAGGAACAGGUUGAAAUCAAGAGGCUGCGCACAGAGAACAGGCUGCUGAAGCAGAGGAUUGACACCCUGGAGAAAGAAAGUGCUUCCUUGGCAGAUAGAUUGAUCCAGGGACAAGUGACAAGGGCUCAGGAGGCUGAGGAAAACUACCUUAUUAAGCGGGAGCUGGCCACGGUCAAACAGCAGAGCGAGGAGGCCAGUGCCCAGCUGGAGCGAGCCCAGAGCACCAUCCGCGAGCUCCAAAAGCAGCAACAGCCACCAGGGCAGAAGGGCAGCCCACGCUACACAGAGGACUUCAUCCUGCAGCUGGAGCGGGAGCUGGUGCAGGCGCGGCUGAAGGAGGCAGAGUCCCAGUGUGCCCUGAAGGAGAUGCAGGAAAAAGUCCUGGACAUGGAGAAGAGGAACACAGCCCUGCCAGAUGAGAACAAUGUGGUGCAUCUGCAAGAGGAGCUGAUUGGGGUGAAGCUCAGGGAGGCAGAGGCUCUGACUGGACUGAAGGAGCUGAGACAGCAUGUCAGGGAUCUGGAGGAGCAUUGGCAAAGACAUCUGGCACGGACCGCAGGCCGCUGGAAGGACAGCCACAAAAAGAACACUCUUGUUGAGCUACAGGAUGAGCUGAUGAGCGUCAGGUUGCGGGAGGCCGAGACCCAGGCAGAGCUCAGGGAAACCAGGCAGAGGAUGCUAGAGCUGGAGACACAGAACCAGAUCCAGUGCAACCAUCUGCGGCGUGCAGAGCAGGAGGGGCGGAGCCUGCAGGAGCAGCUGCAGCAGCUGACGGUGCAGAACAAGGGCCUCCUGGCACAACUGCAGGAGAUCAAGCGCAAGCAGGCGGAGAUUGAGUGCAAGAACAGAGAGGAAGUCAUGGCAGUGAGGCUCAGAGAAGCUGACAAUAUCGCUGCCAUGGCUGAACUGCAGCAGCAGAUCUCUGAGCUUGAAAUCCAGAAGGAAGAAGGGAAGGUCCAAGGCCAGCUGAACAACUCUGACUCAAGCCAAUACAUCCAGGACCUGAAGGACCAGAUUGCUGAGCUGAAGCAAGAGAUUCGCUGCUUAAAAGGCCAGAGGGGCUUGAGUGACCCACCCAGUUUUGAUGAAAUCCACAUGGUCAAUCACUACAUGGGGGACAAUGAGUCAUAUCCUUCCUCGGACGAAGACAUGGGCAAGAACAUGCUGUGCGGCGUCUCUGCCCCGUUCAAGUCACGGCCAGACGCGUGCCGAAUCAUGCUCCACCCUAACCUGGUGGACAUGGACAGUGAAGAGGAGGAAGAUGGCCUGCACCUCUCCGUACCGUCCAAUGGAGGCCACGCCCACAAUGGUCACAAGACCACUGCUGUGUGACGGACACUAGAGAAGCUCUCAUGCUCUGACUACCUGCAGGGGGGAGUUCUAACUCUUGUACUCAAUCUCAACUGAAAGCAACAUUUCCUCUGUUUAGGCAGAAAAGCAGGACCUCCACCCAAGGAGCUUGCUGGACUAGGCCAUCCUUUUAAAAGGUUUAUCAAGGUUUUAUUCAUUGUUCUUUAAUUUUAUCCUUGUUUGCAUCUACCUUUUGCCAAACUCAGUCCGAUGUACAUAUCAUUGCCAUUCCAUAGACUGCAGCUGGAUCAGUGAAGGAGAGACCCUGUGGGCAUCCACUUAGAGGUGACACCUGAAAAAUGAAGGAGACGCCAUUAAGUCAAACAAGUCAAACAAUUAAGGAAACAAGGGAAUGGUCACAGUCUGAAGUACAGAGUUUUGAUGGAGAGAUUGUGUGCAACAUCCUGUUUCAUGCUUGUUGCUGUCUUUUACUCUUUAUGUUUUAUCCUUUUAUAUCAUAUUUGACCUUUUUUUCCAAAAAGGAAUAAUGGCCACAAUAAUGGUCUGCGGGUAUUAUAUACAUUUCUAGUGAAAGUGAUGAAUCUUUUUAUGGGCUUGGAAGAUUGCUUCAUAUGAAGCAAUAAUCAGUAUCACAGCAGAAAUGCUAAUGGGUCACUUGAACAAAAGAAAAAACAGGCGCAUAAAUUGAUACUAUAUCCCUAACCUUUAAAACAGUAGUUGUAUAAUUAUUCACAUUUCAGAUAGAUUGAUAAUCCUUAACCCAUGCAUCUCAGAGUGUCUGGGUCAUCUGGAGCCUAGCAGUACUAUAGCAGUGUUAGAACUCAAGAUGGGGCCACUUUUGAAUUUCAGGGUGUGCAUUUGCUCCAGUGGCCAAACAGGGGGCGGCUUUAUAGAGUGAGCAAUUGUGCAGUCUUCCAGUGAAACUCACUGUAAGGAUCUGUAAAAUGCGUCCUACCAAUAGCUUGUUGCCUAAAAGACAAGUAGAUACAUCUUACAUGUGCAAAUUCUGAAACAGCAAAAAUAUCCACGUGAG